AUGACUCAACUGGAGGAGCCAUGGCUUGUCGAACUUCACAAAGAAUGGAUCUCCUGCAAGGGCUGCGAAGAAGGAGUCGUUGAGUAUGAUUUUGGUGUCAUCAUCAGAGAUUUGCUUUCACACAAGUGCAAUGCAGCGGAUGCAGUAAAGAAAAUCGAUACCUACUAUUGGGACAGAAGUCUUGAUUCAGGGCCUCUUUUUAAAUAUCACCCCGAUGUGCUUGGGGGAGUCCAGAAUAUAUUAUACGAAAUUAUUCUGUAUAUGGCGGAAAAGCUACCAUAUAACGACGAUAGACAGGACGUCUUGGUGCAGCUAAUACUUGAGCUCCAAAAUAUCCCUGCACGGCCCGUAAAGGCAUGGAAUGGCGAGGACCGCUUUGCGGCUGCUGAUGGCAUGUUUCCUGGGUGUUUGGAUAACCACUGGCGUGGUGCUUUUCCGGGGAAUGUUUCUCGAGACCAACUUGCAAAAGAGCCUUUGAGGGUCAAGCAACAGUUCGAUGAAUGGGUGAAUAUUUCAUCGUUUAUUGCACGUUGCAUGGAACACCGCAUUGAAGUCGAUUUCCCAGGUGCUGGCAAAUACCAAUCUAUCGACAUUUGCAAUGGCUUGAGGGAAGAGCAUCCUGCUGGAAUCGAAAGAGAUACAUAUGUAAUGGUUGCUGCACAGUAUAUUUUGCUGGCACUAACUUUCAUUGAUGAUAGGGUAGUGGCCUUUACCGCAAAGCAAGGCGCGAUGAAUCUUGGGCGCGAUAAAUUCCAGCUAUGGGGAGCUAAAUUGGCGCAGUUGGCAAAUGACGGGGACUUGAGGCCGGAUGUGAAGGCCGCCGUUAUUGAAGCUAGACAGAAGCUUGUCUCCUUGCAUCCUGAGUUUUUUGAAGGGUGA